UUCAAAUCUCGUAACGCUAACUUAUGUUGCAUUACAUCCCUUCACGAGCCCCCUCCUCUCUCUCUCUCUCUCUAACAUCCUAAGCUGGCUGUAACUCAGUUACGUUUUAACAAAACUUGUGUCUUAUUUGACAGACACUUCAUUCAAAGAAGAAGAAGAAGAAGCAAGCCAAGCAGCAACACCUGCUUCAUUAUGGGUGCCUCAGGAAAAUGGGUAAAGGCAUUAAUCGGACUCAAGAAACCAGACAAAGACGACCAUGUGAAGGAGGGUGGUGGUAAGAGCAAGAGGUGGAGGCUAUGGAGGAGUUCUUCAGGGGACACGGGGGGUUCUUGGAAGGGUUUCAAAGGAGGAAACUACAGAGCAGCUUCUGAAGUGGGGUCUGAUUCUUCUCCACCUGUUGUAGCAGCAGAUGCAGAUGCAGAUGCUGCUUUCACAGCCGCUGUAGCCACUGUAGUUCGAGCUCCACCUAAGGAUUUCAGACUCGUCAAGCAAGAAUGGGCAGCUAUAAGAAUCCAAACUGCUUUCCGCGCCUUCUUGGCAAGAAGGGCUUUGAGGGCAUUGAAGGGAGUGGUGAGGAUUCAAGCGCUUGUUCGGGGGAGACAGGUGAGGAAGCAGGCUGCGGUGACAUUGAGGUGCAUGCAGGCCUUGGUUCGAGUUCAGGCCAGAGUAAGAGCUCGUCGUGUGAGGAUGUCCAUAGAGGGGCAAGCUGUGCAGAACUUGCUCAACGAGCGACGGAGUAAGCUUGAUCUUUUGAAGCAAGCUGAGGAAGGAUGGUGUGACAGCAGAGGAACGUUGGAAGAUGUUAAGACAAAGAUACAAAUGAGGCAAGAAGGAGCUUUCAAAAGGGAAAGAGCAAUGGCUUACUCUCUUGCUCACAAGCAAUGCAGAUCAACUCCAAGCUCUAAUUCACGAACAAAUGCCUCUUUUUCCUCUCUCAAGAGUCAUGAGAUGAACAAAGCUAACGGUGGGUGGAGUUGGUUGGAGCGUUGGAUGGCAGCCAAGCCUUGGGAGAGUAGAUUGAUGGAACAAUCACAAUCUCAGGCUGAAGCCUUAGAUAAAACCCCAACUCCAAAGAAGUUUGUGGAAUCCUUUGUGAGCUCUAAUUCCAAACCAUGCACGGUCAAAGUCAAGAAAAACAACGUGACAACAAGGGUUUUUGCUAGGCCACCCCUGGUUGGGCAAGCUACACGCUCAUCCUCAAGUCCAAGUUCCGAGUUUCGAUACGAUGAGAGUUCUGCAUCAUCCUCCAUUUGUACAUCUACAACACCAAUGUCUGGGAACACUUGUGACAGGACUGAGGAUAGUAAUGGUAAUGCUGUUGCUAGGCCUAAUUACAUGAACCUGACUCAGUCCACAAAGGCAAAGCAAAAGACAAGUAGUAAUCAUGUGUAUAAUAGAGCUCAGAGGCAGCAAUCCAUGGAUGAGUUUCAAUUUCUCAAGAGGGCAGCGGUUUUCUCCAAUGGAGAUUCCAAAAGCACGGCUGGUUCUGACCCUUCAAUCAACUUUUCUAGGCCACUUCACUUGGACAAGAGUUCAGUUAUGACACGUUGAAAGGGAUAAGGCUCAGCUUCAUGGUGUGAUGUGAAUCUGGUGGAAGCUCAAUAUCUUUGUGUAUUUAUUAUUAUUAUUUUUUUCCAAGAAGUUCAACAUCUUGUUGUUCCAUGCAAUUUACAUUGAGUUAGCUAGCUAGAAGUAGCUUUUAUAUGUUUGGUGUAAUACUUGUGAGGUGUUGAUUAAUUUGAAAAUUGAGAUGAUCCUGGAUAAAUCUGAAGUCGUGUAUAAACACUUUCAGAUUGAAUCAAAUUUCGGGGUUCAACCAAAAUUGUUCAAUCGGAUAAAA